UCGCUCACGGUGUUUGCAUUCGAAACAGCCUACACCUGCAGCUCGCUAGAUCCGCGGAUGUUUAUCGUAACCUCGUUACCCCGAGAUCGCAGUUAUCGUAACCUUUGCCCGUUUCAACCCACCUAACCUGUUUUCACAUUGCAUUCGAACCACGAGUUUGUCGUAUCUUCUCUCAUCGCUUCUGUGUUUGUUGCCCGUGGACGUACACAGCCGAUCACCGGCUGUCCACUUGCUUCUUUGCGCGAAUUUUUUCACUCCCUCGACUGGGAUUCCCCUUGUUCGAUAUCGAACAAUAAUACUUUUUAACACUGCCCACAUUGAAUUCGUAUAAGUCGACGCUGUUUUGCGUAGAUGAUUGCGAUACGGUUUCUCAAGAAAUUUGUUUACCCUUUCCUCUGGUGUGCAUCACUUAUGUAAGCACUGAUUACUUAUAACGAAAAAUUAUAAGGGUGGGUUAAGGAUGUGGAUGAAAUAUAGAGUGACGCAUUGAAUGCUGGGAAAGAAGGGCUGAAAGAGACAAAGAUAGAUAGCGGAAGGUACCCGAAACGAACGUGACGAAGUGCGGGAGGGAGAGAUAGGGAAAAAAGGAAGGGAAACGAUAGAGUGGAGCGGGAAGGGAUAACUGGAACGUGUCGCAGCAAAAAACCAAGUGGGAGAAGAGGGUUUUCGAUUUAUUACAUUUGUGUCGGGACCACUUGACCCGUCGAUAGGUCAAGGAACAAAUCAGAAAGAUGUCGAUACGGUGAUCUCUUCAUAAUGUACACUUUGGGCAAACAUUGAAGUAAAAAGUUGAAAGGGAAAAAUGCUCUUAUGACAAUAUUAAACGUAAAAAUUCUUCAGAAUUAGUUUUAUUAAAUUGUUGUUUUUCAAGUCAAAAAAAUUAUACGUGACAUUUUCAUAUUUAUUAUAUUAGUCAAAUAUGAAUUUUAUAUUCUUUUUUUAGUCUUCGUUUGAUUAUGGAAAAUUAAUUUUGAAAAAUAUACACUCAACUCUCUUAUAACAUGGUUUCGAUAUAAUAUGACACAAAAAUUACGACAGUACCCCUGUAAUACGAUAUUCUUAUCACACAAUUUUCGGUGACACAGCUAAUAGGGAAUUCCCUAUAAAAUUUCCCGCAUUCUGAAAACGCGGUUUUGAUACAACAUGAAAUGCAGUGGCCGUGUUAUAAGAAGAUCGUAUUCGUUUUUGUUUUAAUUUUUCUAAUAAUAAAGAAAUCCAACAUAAUUUUUAUUCAAAUUAUAUCAGUUUCACGAACUGUAUCAUUCUUUAUUUCCAACCUUAAUACACACCAAUCGAAUGCAUACAGAACGAUGGUAGGCGUUUACUUUCAAUAACCAAAUUUAAUAGUAGUCGGUAACUAAUUUGUUAUAGGAAACUACAUUCCUAUUUAUCAAAACCAACGGUACUUCAUUCGAGUUGGUCGAAAAGUUCGAUACAUUUUAACACAAGGUUAUCGUUAAUGAUUCUCUUGCUUAUGACUGUUAAAAUGAAACGGAAGAAAAAAAAAGUAAAAUAAAUUAUAGACUCUUGUAUUACUUGUAAAAGUAAUAUUUAGUAUCCAUGUACGCAUAGCUGCUACCUGUGUCUAGUACGCAUAUGUAAAUAACGCUGUAAAUAAAAAGCUUUUCACGUGCUUCUUGCUAGAAUACUUAGUCGGUAGAAUAGAAUGACGGCCGCCGAUAGCGGGCGGAUUUCCGUCACGUUUCUUGCCUUUACAGAGGAAAAAAAGACAGGAAGACCAUGCGAAAGGAGUUAAGCUCGUAACAGAGAGAACGCCUGGCCCGAAGGCGUUAAACCGGGAAACAGUAUAAUCGGGUCGCAGAGCGAUGUACGCAGCUGCGGGUGGCGCCAGUAUAGCGAACAGGAGGAAGCAAAAACGGUUGCAGCUAAACAAACGUGUCGCCGAGGGUACAAUCCCAUCACGGCUGAAGACAGUUCCAGCUUCACAGCACCACUACCACCAACACCAACACCAACACCACCACCACCCGAGCAAGUUUGCGCGUCCGCACGUUGUUCCACCAUCUUCCACACCACAGCCACAACCACCGUCAUCUGCAUUCCAUCAGAGCAUCGAUCGACGGCGUCAUGUCGAGAAGUCUCCGCAGGUCGCACCUGUCUCUCCGAUCCAAUUCCCAAUAUCGCCACCGCCGCUAUCCCUCGAAUCACCUAGUUCAGUUACUUGCGCCACUAAAUCCAAUAACUUCCCUUUCCCGCCACCAUCGAUCCUUGAUCUCAGAGUAUCGCCAUCUUCUUCGGAGCUACAGUGUGGUGGAGGACCUGGUAAAGCAGCAUGGCAAGGAUGCAGCAGACCUUCUCCCCUCCCUUUGUCUCCUAUGUCACCUCACGGAUGCCGUGGAGAUGGCUACAAGACAAAGCAAUGCGAAGCUCAUCGACGAUGGAUGAAAAGGAACAGGAUAAGAGACGCAAGCUAUUGCUAUGGGAGCAGUGGAGAAGAUGACGAAGAAGAUGGUAGCAGUAAUGCAAACCGUCGUAGAGGAGAAGUUAGUGCGGCAGUGAAUACCGUACUUUAUGCAGGGCUGGGAACUACAGCGCUCGGAUUAGUUAUCUCGUUUGUCGGCACUGGAGAGAAAGGAUUCCUCAGUCCGGAAUUGAGGCUGGUGGGUCCUUCACUACUGUGCGCCGGUUUACUGUGUUGCCUAUUUCGGGUGCUGCUCUGCCUCUGUUUAUGUCGUUGUGGUCAAUGCCGCUGGCGGUUUUGCCAUGUCACUUCUGACAAGAAGGAGAAAGUGAGGAAAGCAGAAGCGCGUCCAGCUGGAACAUUGCCUACCGCCUCACUUUUGUCACCAUCGCAGCAACAACAGCCACCUCAACAAUCGGCCACGUGUUCGAGUGGCCCAGCAUCAUCAUCAACAAAAGCACAUGAGCUGUUGCUCUCUCCUGCCCAACUACCAGAAUGAAAACACUGUUACAAACGUUUUCUACGAAAAUCAACACGCCGAUUAACUGCCGGUUCAUGUCUAAUAUAGAAUUAUCUAAUCUCCAUUCGGCCUGAACCGUUCUCGCAAAAACCAUCACAGCCUAAUUCUAGUUCAAUGCGAAUUUUAGUGCUUAAAAAUAAUAGAAAAAUAAACAAUCGGCUACGUUUUUCUACCCCUACUGUGUUUGAAAAAGUAAACAAGUAAUUAUCAAUGAGCCUUCAACUGCCUCCUCGUUUAUUUCCUUCCAUGUUCAG